CCAAACCCGUGUGUAGGCUGGCGAAGGACGAUGGCGAUAUGAAAUUGGAAAGCAAUCGGAAUGUCUGUUUUCUGUUAGAAACAAAAAACUACAAUUACAUCACAUAUAAUCAAACCCUCCAAUCUCCUUGCUGCAACACGAUUAUUUGACUCUUCUCUUCUCUUCAGCGUGUGGAUUGAUUGAGAUACUGUGAUAGUCUGUGUGAGGUUGAAUUUGUAAAGGUAUCAUGGCGAGGAUUAAACCUCAAGCUUUGCUACAGCAAAGCAAAAAGAAGAAAGCGCCGAGAAAUAUCAGUGUUCCCACAAUUGCUUUGUAUAGUGUGGUUACGGUUGUUAUGGUGUUUUUCCUCUUUGCUACAUACAGACACUGGUCUCAAAGGUCAAUAGUUCAGACCGAGGAAGGAACAUCAAACUUUCAGGUUGAUGAUGACUUUUCAGAUUCAAAGAAAUCUGAUGUUCCAAGAUACGCUAUUUUUAAUACAUCGAAAGGUUUGAUAACUGUGGAACUUUACAAGGAAGGUUCACCUGAAGUUGUGGAUGAAUUUAUUGAUGCCUGCCAGAAGGGACACUUUAAAGGGAUGCAAUUUCAACGUGUAGUGAAACAUUUUGUAAUCCAAGGUGGUAACUCUGAAAAUCAAGCAGUCAUAGAGGACUGGACUUCUAGAGAGAAGCACUACAAUCAGCUUGAGAAAAGAUUAAAGCAUGAAGCUUUCAUGCUUGGUACAUCAACUACUAAACAUGAAAAAGAAGCGUUUGAUAUUUUCAUUACAACUGCUCCAAUUCCAGAUCUAAAUGCAAAACUUAAUGUCUUUGGACGCGUUAUCAAGGGCGAAGAUAUUGUUCAGGAAAUUGAGGAGGUGGACACAGAUGAACAUUACAGACCUAAAUCUCGAAUUGGGAUAAUUGAGGUUACACUGAAACAGAGUAUUUAAGGUUUUGGUUUAUUCGAAUGUCAUAUACCUGACAAGUGUUUGCUGAAUUUAUUUUUGUCAUGUGAGACAGAGAGCAGAGGGUUGGGUUUAUGGUUGUAUCCGUGGACAUAAUUGUUUGUGUAUGUGUUUGUUCUGCGCACAAUGUAGAACUUAUGGAAGGAAAGUUUGUUUAAUUAGAGUUUUAGGUCAUACAAUUACCUUAAUAUUUGUCAUUAAAUUCAUCAGUUUUCUUGUUGUUGUCUUGGAUGAUCAGGACCUUGGUGGCUAUUUGUUAUGUCUUGAGCUUAUUUUAUAGAAUAGCACAAAGACAGAUAUUUUAUUUC